UUUCGUCCAGAGUAUUCAUCCAAAGAGCUUUCAUCAGCUAUGAUCAGGGGGACUAACCUGCUAACGGCCUAUGACUAUGUAUGUCCUUCAGCAGGCUUCGCGUCAUUCCUGGACGAUUAUUUUGUCGCUGGACGAACUGCCCCUUCUCCAGAGUUGAACUGAGCAGUUUCACCGACAAAGCUGUCUGUCUCUAUACACUACGAUGUAGUCAGGAAACACGAUUAAUUUGGUAGCAAUCAACUCGAAUUUUACAAUAAUUAUGUGUCUGUGUGUUUGAACGCCGCUAGCUAGCUAGCUAGCUAGCUAGAUAGCGUAGAGUCGCCAUAAAGCUAGACGCAAUUAACCAACGAGCAGAGUAAUGAUGACGGCGAGUAGCUUAGGUCAUUUGGCGGUACGUGUCGUAGUAAGCGCUCCGACGUCCCGGUUUGUGCAGAUUGUGGCUAUUGUAACCUGCGUUGCGGCUCAUAUCGUCGACCCCAGUGCCAGUGGUGUACAGUCGGAUGAUAAUGCCAGCAAGAGACUGCAGCCCAAGCUGGCAGCUGCUGCUUAUUCUACAGCAACCAGAAAUCCACGAUCUGGCUAUUCUACAACGCGCUACAACCCUGUGGCAGCAGGCACCAUGUCUGCAGAUAACGUUAUGAAUGAGGAGCGUAUGUAUGAAGAAGGGAGUGACAUAGAGAGGUUGCUGCAGAGCGUCCUCACACCAGUGAAGUACGGGGUGGCUCGGCCCCUACCUCCGGGUACAGGGCAAAGUGAUUUGCUCUCGCUGCCCAACCUCGUCUACAUGUUGAGUAUGCCGCCAUCAGCUGUCGUUAUCUCAGCCACAACGCACCGUAAUGAAUACGGUUCUUUGGUAUGCAUUGGCAUGGCCGACAACACACAGUCGGCUAAUCACUCUCCACAAGUCAAAUUGAGAAUACUGGAUAUCUCUGGCAGCCAGGGGCAGACAUGGCGCACCGUGGGCUUUAUCAAUUUCACAGGAAUCGACCCGAAGUGCAUGGCCGAAGCGACAGAAAACUUCCUACCGGCACUGACAAGCAGCCCGUCCAAGAAUAGUGUUUUCAUAUUUGGACUGGGAGUGUAUGACGAAUGUGCAGUUCUGUUUUCCUGGAGUAGCCAAGGUGGCCUGGAGCAUGUCCAAACGAACCAUGGCUCAGAGCUGGUCCCACAUCUCUACCACGCUUUAGCAUCUCAAAACGGCAGUGGAGGCACAGGCGCUGAUGUUCACCUUGUUGCUUUUGGUGGAAAGUUCUGCCUGCAUGUUGACAAGGCUGAGAAGGCCAGCUGUGUGCUCAAUGCUAAUGGUACGAAUACACUCUGGGAGCUAGAAAUUAAGCAAGCUCAAGCAGACUUGCCCUCAUGGAAACUAGUAGAUGUUAGCGAACAGUCACCAAAGCCAGAGCCAAGGUAUUCAGCAGACAUGUUCGCAGUAAACAGCAGCACGCUGGUAAUGUACGGGGGCUUUGCACAGUCCGACUACUCUUCCACGCCUCUGUGUGACCUCUGGUUAUUCGACAGGGUGAGUCAGAGCUGGGAGAUGAUGGCCAAUCUGACGGCGGACUGCGAGGCGAGAUCUCGCUGUGUGAAUGUGUUCCCAGUGGCAGUGAAGCAGCUUGCAGUGUACAGUGAGACAAGUGGCACGCUAGUCGUGGUAGUGGCACUAUGCCAGAGUAGUGACUACACUGUGUAUAGUAUUCAACUGGACGGCAAGGCAGCGGAUGCAGUGUGGACGGCAACAGAGAAGUCAUCGCUGACUGGCAACUCUGACUUCUCCUUUUUCUACGAUGCGGGUACGGAUACGAUGACCAAACUUGCACUGGCCUCUGUCAACGACUCCCUGUACCUAGUGGAAAACAACGGUCUUUCGACACAUCGUCUUGUGUUUGAUCGCAGCUCGGUCAGUCCUGACCAACCGACUGGGACUGCUAGUGCCGCGCUGCUGGAUAUCAACGAUGCCGUUAAGGACCAGUUUGUUGGGAACUGGGGCUGUGUGGCAUCUAGACCCGUCACUCUGCCCAUGCCUGCAGCAUCGCAGUGCUACGACACAGACUUUGCGCGGCGAGUGGACGUGCACUCCUUUCUACUCGGCGGCAUGUGUGGAAAUGGACAUGGUGACGUACCCGCAGCGGAGCAAGAAGUAAUGCCAGUAUGGACCCUGGCUAGUCUUGGCGAUAUCGAUGUACCCACGGCCAAAGUGUUCUACACCAAAAACCUCCCAGCACCUGGCCCUCUGUUCGGUCAGCGCAUGGGGCACACAACAGUCUAUCAGGCUGCUGACGGGGUGGAGGUCAUAGCUCUUUUCGGCGGCGGUCUUGCAAAGUCCAUCGUUGACUAUAGCUAUGUGUUGGCCCCACCAGAAGUCUGGUGUUUCAACAUCAACACCUAUGAGUGGGUGUUAUCGGGUGCAAAAGACGGUCCCAGUGCCCGAUUGUUUCACGUCUCAUUUCCCAUUCACUCCACAUCGUUUGCGGUCUAUGGUGGGACAACACAGCCGCAGGGUGUGUUCAGUGCAACCAAUGACUUCUGGGUGUUUACAUUUAGUGACCUGGGCGAGUGUGCCGGAAACUGGACGGACUUGACGCUAGCCUCGAGUCCGCCGCUACCGCAGCUGUACGGCCAUGCACUGAGCUACUACAGGGAAAAUCCCAUCGUCUUCGGCGGCGGCAAUAGUGGAACGCACUGCUGCAUGUCUAAUCUGCUGUUCACGAUCCAUACUGACGUUGAGAACAGCAGUGUGUCGUGGAGGAAUCUGAGCUUCGACUCUACCGGUCCUCCUGUUGGUCGACGCUUCCACACCUUGUCGCCGUACACAAAUCGCUCCUUCUUGGUCAUGGGCAAUCACAGUAAGCCAUACGAACGCCUAAAGUACUAUACUACAACGGAACUAUUUCUGAUCAACAGUGAUGCACCGUAUGGCCAGGAUGCUGUGACAGUCCUACCAUUAUUUACCAGUCACGUCACAUUCUUCAUGCAAAAGGCAGGCGGCUAUCUGUUGGGUGGUCGCACCACGUUUGAGAACUCGAAACGCGGCGAUGCGGGCGAGAAAACCUUUGUUUAUGGCAACCAGUAUGCUACUCUGGACUACGGCAUGUGUCCGCUUGGCAGGGAGAGUGUGGCUGGUGAGUGUGAACUCUGCCCGAACAGUAGCUACUCGUCCACACUGAAUUUGAACUGUUCUUCCUGCGUGAAUGGUACACUGACCAGGGCACCGGGUGCUAUCGAGGUCAAUGCCUGUUUUGCUCCCGACCCGUGCAUUCCUGACCCAUGCCACGGCCAUGGGUCAUGUAAGAACAAGGCUGGACGUGCCCAGUGCUUCUGUGAUCCAGGUUAUAUGCCUGAAACCAUGUGCUAUCUACCAAUCUACUUCCUAAUUGCCGGCUUUAUUGCGCUGCUCCUGUUGCUGAUUGUGCUCACUGUGGCGCGCAAGUACCAUCGAAGCCGCAGAGAGACGCAGGAGAAACAAAGGCAGCUCCGUGCAUCACGCAAGAAGAUCACCGAGCUGACUCGCGUCUGGGAGAUCCAGUGGCACCAGCUGACAAUGAGAGAGAAGAUGGCAGCCGGUGGCUUUGGCGAAGUCUGGCUGGCCGAGCUCAGCGACAUGCUCGUGGCAGUCAAGCAUUUAAAGCAGUCAUCGCUCACAGAGCCCGCCAGUGUGCAAGACUUCCGUCGUGAAGUGGAGCUAAUGCAGACUCUCCGCCAUCCAAACAUAGUCCUGUUUCUAGGGGCUGGAUCUUCUGGGUCCGGACAUCUAUUCAUUGUCAUGGAGUACCUGAAACGGGGUGCUCUGCGUAACUUGAUUAGAGAUACCAGCACUCCGUUAGAUUAUAGUGAUAAGUUACGCUUUGCUCUGGAUGCCGCCAAGGGUAUGUCCUUUCUACAUGGCUCGACACCACCUCGCAUCCAUCGCGAUUUGAAGAGCUCCAAUCUGCUUGUCAGUGACAAGUGGGUGGUGAAGGUCGCUGACUUUGGAACAGCCCGCCUAAUAGAGACUCUUGACAAACAGCAGCCCGUCUCCCAGGAGAUGGAAGGUCUGUGUGUGAACAUAGCCGUGCCGCGUGAUGAGAGGACUCCACUGCUGCAAGGUGAAGGUUACUUGUCCGGGGCAGUCGGCACUUCACUCUGGCAGUCUCCGGAGAUGAUGCUACGCAAAGAGUACGGCGCUAGCACUGACGUAUAUAGCUUUGGAAUUGUUCUGUACGAGAUCUUCUUCCGCAAGCGGCCAUUCGUGGAACGGGAAGACUUCCGCUUCUACAGUGUGCUGACGGAUGCUGUAGUAUCUGGUUAUCGACCAGAUGUCAGUGAAGAUUCGUUUGGCGAUGAUGUUCCCGUGGAGUAUGUCAUGCUCAUGGAGCACUGUUGGAAAGCAGACCCAAGCAGUCGACCAACGUUCGCCGACAUUGUCAACCGCCUCCAAAAGCUGAGUUCCGUUUGAAUGGUACAGGCAUCUUCCAGCGCUGCAAAAAUAAGCCCUGUCAAGCUGCGUCGGACCAAGUCCACGAAUUCAUACACACACAGACACAGACACAUGCUUGUGCACAAGCACACAAGCCCAUACUAUAGUUAUUUCGUUAGGUCUGGUUGGAGCCUGAACUAUUCCUCGUGGUAGUUUGCUUUGCUGGUUGGGAGCUAAUGGGAGAGGGAGGGGUGUAAUAAAGAAGUUGAUAAACACUGUUGCCUCCAUGUGGACUUUAUGUAAACACUACAUUCAUUGUGAAAAGCAGUGAUUAAGUGUGAGCCAGUGGCGUUCACAAGCCACUUUUUUUUACUAUAAUUAUUCAAUUUUUUUAAUUCCAGUAUUGGUGACUAGUAUCUAGUGAUUAGUAAGUCUAGCAUCUCAGUCUAGAGGAACUAGCAAAGGAGUAUUCAACAAAUCCAUCUCUUAGUGUUACAAUUCGAUUCAUUUUUUGGCAAUCAUCCCAGUAUCUUUCCAGCUGGUCUGGACCCUCUAGGGAUGCUUGUUUGACUAUAUCGCCAUCAAGUGAAGAAGAAUGCAUGCCACAUUCAACAAACUGUGACUAAGAUGUUCUUUUAACUUCCGUUUGACCUGCUUGCAAGACAAGAUUCUUCAAUAUACCUUCAAAUGACCCAAUUACCUACCAUCAAGGUUUAGACUCGGAUGGAGAGCCAAAGACAUGUUAGAGUGAUA